UCUUUCUCGCGCCGAGCUUUCUCGCGAGACUCUGCAGGCGCGGGCCAGGCGGAGGAGGAGGAGGAGGAGGAGGCAGCGGGGAAGAUGGCGGCGGUGGCGACGACGACGGCGGCGGCCCCAGCGAUCCCCCUGAGCACAGAGACGGUCAAGGUUGAAAAUGGACAGAGCACGGCAGCCAAGUUGGGCCUCCCUCCCCUCACCCCCGAGCAGCAAGAGGCUCUCCAGAAGGCCAAGAAGUACGCGAUGGAGCAGAGCAUCAAGAGCGUCCUGGUCAAGCAGACCAUCGCCCACCAGCAGCAGCAGCUCACCAACCUGCAGAUGGCAGCAGUGACAAUGGGCUUUGGAGAUCCUCUCUCACCUUUACAAUCGAUGGCGGCCCAGAGGCAGCGGGCCCUGGCCAUCAUGUGCCGGGUCUACGUGGGGUCCAUCUACUACGAACUGGGGGAGGACACCAUCCGGCAGGCCUUUGCCCCCUUCGGCCCCAUCAAGAGCAUCGACAUGUCCUGGGACUCCGUCACCAUGAAGCACAAGGGCUUUGCCUUUGUGGAAUACGAGGUGCCGGAAGCGGCCCAGUUGGCCCUGGAGCAGAUGAACUCGGUCAUGCUGGGCGGACGGAACAUCAAGGUGGGGCGGCCCAGCAACAUUGGCCAGGCGCAGCCCAUCAUCGACCAGCUGGCGGAGGAGGCCCGGGCCUUCAACCGCAUCUACGUGGCCUCCGUCCACCAGGACCUCUCGGACGACGACAUCAAGAGCGUCUUUGAGGCCUUUGGGAAGAUCAAGUCCUGCACGCUGGCCAGGGACCCCACCACGGGGAAGCACAAGGGCUACGGCUUCAUUGAGUACGAGAAGGCCCAGUCGUCCCAGGACGCCGUCUCCUCCAUGAACCUCUUUGACCUGGGCGGCCAGUACCUGCGGGUGGGCAAAGCGGUGACGCCCCCCAUGCCGCUCCUGACGCCCGCCACCCCCGGGGGCCUCCCCCCGGCAGCAGCAGUGGCAGCCGCAGCAGCAACGGCCAAGAUCACCGCUCAGGAAGCAGUGGCCGGCGUGACGGGUGCCGCUGUUCUGAGCACACUGACCACUCCAGGGCUGGUGACGCCGGCCCUGACCCUGGCGCAGCCCUUGGGGGCCUUGCCACAGGCCGUGAUGGCCGCCCAGGCGCCAGGAGUCAUCACAGGCGUGACCCCGGCCCGCCCGCCCCUCCCGGUGACCAUCCCCCAGGUGGGGGUGGUGAACCCCAUCCUGGCCAGCCCCCCGGCCCUGGGCCUGCUGGAGGCCAAGAAGGAGAAGGAGGAGGAGGAGGUCUUCCAGGACUCGGAGCGGCCGGAGAUGCUGAGCGAGCAGGAGCACAUGAGCAUCUCGGGGAGCAGCGCCCGGCACAUGGUCAUGCAGAAGCUCCUCCGGAAGCAGGAGUCGACGGUGAUGGUGCUGCGCAACAUGGUGGACCCCAAGGACAUCGACGACGACCUGGAGGGAGAGGUGACGGAGGAGUGCGGCAAGUUCGGGGCCGUCAACCGGGUCAUCAUCUACCAGGAGAAGCAGGGCGAGGAGGAGGACGCCGAGAUCAUCGUCAAGAUCUUCGUGGAGUUCUCCAUGGCCUCAGAGACUCACAAGGCCAUCCAGGCCCUGAACGGCCGCUGGUUCGCCGGGAGGAAGGUGGUGGCCGAGGUCUACGACCAGGAACGCUUCGACAACAGCGACCUCUCGGCGUGAAGCCGGCCCCCAGGGACUCUUCUUCUGUUACCCCCCUUCCCCUUUCCCAUGUGUUUGGGGGGCUCCUGCGUCGGCCCCCGGCUCCCCUUUGUUGUGUGCGUUGUAGUUUCGGAUAAAAUAACAGGAAGGACAA